CAAAUCACGAACUUUCGUGUCUCGACAUCGACAUCAUCACCACACCAUUACCAUCGCCGAACCCGACCAUUCCCAGUCCUUCUUAGACUUGUCGCCCGCCGGGAAUGACAUUGUGCAAAUCCACUCUCUCCGCCUAUCCCUAAUUCUCGUCGACCCGGUCAAUGUCUGUCUGCUUGCCCGGCAGCAGUAUCCAUGGGCCCCCCUUCUCUUCCGUUAUAGUACAUUUGUUCGAUUGCGUUGCAUUGCUUGCCGCAGCUUUCUACCGCUCCCACUCUCCCUCUUUCUCUCACUCUCACUUUCACUCGUUCCUUUCUCCUCACCAUCUUCGACUGAGCUCGACCGAGUUGAUACCACUCGUUACGCCUCCCUUGCACUUCGACGACGCAUGUUCGCAAACAGGCCCCCAUCCGCCUAAACACCUCCUUCUAGACGCCACAUCCUGCUGAUUUCCUCCCCCGCCGCCGGCGACGACCGCGACCAUGCCUUCGGAUCGCGACCAUCACUACGAAUCCGUACCGCCAAUUCCGAGCUAUGAUGAGGCCCUUGCCACCAGCGGCCCGGCCGACCCUACCGAAUGGCAAAUGCCGCGCUCCCCGGUAGACGACCGCUCCCGGUCCGAGACCGAGUCGCAAUCUCUGCUCAACAGGAAUGGCGAGGCCACGUCCUCCCGCCGCCCGAACCGCUACCGCCCGCCGACCGUCGAGACCGACGACGAAGACAGCGCAUGGGGCAGCGACGAUGAUGGCGACGAGACUGCCUACGUCCGGAGAGAGAUGCAGGAGCUGGAAAUAGGAGAACCUGGCGAUGGGUCACGCCCUUUACUGUGGGGGAAACGGAUACCCUUCUCCCUUUCCUUGCCACGAUGGCGCUCUUGGCGAUGGCGCCUGCCAAGCCUGCGCCCGACCAUCCGGCUGCCCUCCGGCCCCAACGAAACCACCAACGAUACCAACGAUGCGAAUGCGACGACAACGACAACGACGACGACGACGACGACGAGACCGCGGAUCACAAUGCCGCAGUGGGAUAAGGACAAGGCGCGGACGGCCAUCAUCAUCUUCGCCCGCGUCUUCGCCAUUGUCUUUGUUAUGGGCAUCCUCUACGCCCUUUUCAUGAGCGAUCUUUUCACCAGCAUGGCCAGGCGCAUGAACGGCGGCCUGCGUUUCAACCCCGAAGACGUGCGCGCCUACGUCCAGGGCAACGUUGAGGAUCGUAGGAUGAAGGCCUCCGUCGCCCAUUACACAAAGUACGCUCACAUGGCAGGAACCGAGGGCGACUACGCGCUGGCCAUGGACGUCGAAUCCAUGUUCACUAGAGCCGGACUGGACUACGUCAACGUCGACGAGUACUACGUAUACCUGAACUACCCCAAGGCCGGAGGACGCGCUGUCGAGAUCCUCGGCGACGACGGAAAGCCCAAGUGGACGGCCAAGCUCGAAGAGGAAGAGAUCGGAGGCGAGUCCGCGGGGCAUCAGACCUUUGUGUUCCAUGGCCACUCCAGGUCGGGAGACGUCAAGGGGCCCCUCAUCUACGCCAACUACGGCGCGAGGUCCGACUUCAAGAAGCUGGCUGACAGCGGCAUCGAGACCAAGGGCGCCAUCGCCCUCGUCCGUUACUACGGGCCGGACGCGGUCCUUGCGCUCAAGGUCAAGGCCGCGGAGGAGGCGGGCUUCGCCGGAUGCAUCGUCUACAGCGACCCGGCCGACGACGGCUUCCGGCUGGGCGACGUCGCGCCCAACGGCCGCUUCAUGCCUGCCGACGGCGUUCAGAGAGGCACCGUUGCGCUGUCCAACUGGGUUAUCGGCGACCCCCUGACCCCUGGCUGGGAGAGCAAGAAGAAUCUGCCGCGCAUGAAGCCCGAGGAGAGCAAGGGCCUGGUCAAGAUCCCGAGCUUGCCCCUGGCCUGGCGCGACGCCCAGAUCCUGCUUCAGCAUCUCAAGGGCCACGGCGAGCAGGUGCCCAAAGAGUGGGCGGGAGGCGUUCCUGACGUGGCCGAAUGGUGGACCGGCAACCUGUCGUCGCCUGUUGUGCGCCUCAAGAACGACAACGACGUGGUCCAGGAAAAGGGCAUCUGGAACGUCUACGGCAAGAUCGAGGGUAUCGAGCAGGACCAAAAGUCCAUCAUCAUCGGCAACCACCGCGACGCCUGGUCCUUUGGCGCCACUGAACCCCAUUCCGGCACGGCCAUCAUGAUCGAGAUGGCGCGCAUCUUCGGCUCGCUCGUGGCCAAGGGCUGGCGCCCGCUCCGCAGCAUCGAGUUCAUGUCGUGGGACGGCGAGGAGUACAACAUGAUCGGCUCGACCGAGUUCGUGGAGCGCAACGAGGAGCAGCUCCGGCAGAACGCCUUUGCCUACAUCAACCUCGACUCGGCCGUCGCCGGCACCGAGUUCCGCGCCGCCGGGUCGCCCGUCUUCAAGCAGUCCGUCUACCGCGUCAUCGACCGCGUCUUUGACGCCAACCUCAACACCACGCUGCGUGGCCUCUGGGACCAGCGCGAGGCCGACCUGGAGGACCUCGGCAUGGGCGGCGACUACGUGCCGUUCCAGAACAUUGUCGGCACCAGCUCCCUCGACCUCGGCUUCCGGGGCGCGCGUUUCCCCGCCCAGUCCAGCUACGACAACUACGAAUGGGUCAACCGCAUAGGCGACCCGGACUUCUCGUACCACUCCAUGAUGGGCCAGGUCGUCGGCCUCCUGCUUCUCGAGCUUGCCGACAAGCCCAUCCUGCCGUUCGACAUGGUGGGCUACGGCGACCGCAUCGAGCGCUAUGUCAAUGACCUGUCCAACUUUUGUGAGCAUCGCGGCGCCGGCGCGCAGCAGGACAAGUUCUCGCUCGAGCCGCUCAAGAAGCUUGUCGGCGCCGUCAAGACGAACCUCAAGGGCUUCUCCAUGUGGGAGAUGACGUGGGAGAGCACCGUCAUGGGCGGCGGUGGCUGGGAGUCAGGCGACAUGGGCGACAAGCGCCUCCAGUUUAACAACCACAUGGCCGAGUUUGAGACGGCGUUGCUCGACCUCGAACAAGGCGGUGGUAUGCCCAACCGCCCUCAGUUCAAGCACGUCAUCUUCGGACCCCAGGCCUGGUCUGGCGGCAAGCCCGUCACCUUCGCCGGCAUUCGCGACGCCGUCGAGGCUGGCGACUGGGUGCUCGCGAGCCGGCUCGUCGAGAAGACGGCGCGCAUCAUCCUGAACGCGACCGCGACGUUGCAGGAGUGGGAGAAGGGCGCCGAGAGCAGCUGAAGGACGGACAUCCGGUGCCUCGAUCUUGACCCCCGCUUGUAGUCGAGCUGUCCGUUCUGUUAUUCCCUUUUUGUUUCUCCAUGCCUCGAGACUCCCCAUUUUUCUUCCUUUUUUUCCUCUCUACGACUAUGCAUCCAUCCAAGCGUGAGCAUUGUAUGGCCCCCCCUUUGCUACUGCGGAAGGGGCCGGCAUUACACCGCUACGGCAUUAAAUCGCCAACAUAUAUUCCUCUUGUCUUUCUUGUUUUUCCUCUCUCUCUCUAUUCCUUUUUCUCUGCUCUCGAGGACAUCUGCGGGCUUUGGUUUUGCUGUGGCAAGGGAGAAGCAGCGUUCGUCGGGACGCCCCAAUCCCCCGUCCGUCCGCCCUUCCGUCCGUCCCUCUGCGUUGUGUCUGUUUAUAUAUCUUCUGGCAUUGCAAGGAGUUUUGGGGGGGUUACCGCUUGUCAAAUUUUACGUCUUGAUUCUUUUAUUUUAUCCUAAACCGUCAGAAACUUUUGGAAGGGGUGGAAUAUGUCCUUUCGUCCGACGGAGGAGGGGGGGGGCGUGUCUGAGGUAGUAGCAGAACUCCAAAACAAAAUGUUCACGUAUUCUGCCUGGUCUCUCGUCCCGAGCGUUCGCGGGGGGGCAAAAAAAAAAGAAAAAGAAAAAGAAAAAAGAUAACUGGCGAGAGUAAUCACCACGGAGGGACACUAGAAAAGGAAGGGUUGGGCUCAAAGCGGUCCCACUCACCCUCCCUCAUCUUCUCCUCACGGAGCUUGGCUGCCAAUGAAUGAACCCCCAACGGGACAUCUGCCGGCGUCAGUAGGGCUGGACGGGAUAGAAGAGAAUGGUAUCAUGUCUUCUGCAAGAGUGCAACAUUCAUAAAACUACGUCGAGAAAUGCCACAUACAGACACUUCUGGAGGAUUCAAAGAACCCAUUGCGGCAAUGCAAUAUAAUAGUAGAAAAGUUGGAUCGCUUCAAUGGAAAAAGACGUACACAUAUGUACAACUAACAGGCUACGGGCCGCGUGCAGAGGCUUUUAUCUCCUCCUCGUUCGGCUCCCAUCCAACCCCCCCUCGUCCAUCGUUGCAUGCGCUUAUCGUAUGAACACGUCUUCCAUGUCCCUCAUCUUCGAGACCGUCGUCACCGCCGUACGCUGGCCUCUGCGGUGCGGCUUGCACGGUGACCGUGCACCCUGUAUUAAGAAAAAGCACCACUGCCCCUUCGUUUCGUACUUUUCGCUACAUUCUCCACUGGUCUCAUAUGGCACAUCAUGAACCGUAAAGUGGGUGUGGCCUCAAGCCCAGGCGACCCUCGCCUC